AUGUGGACACCUCCAGGACAGAACCAAAGCUGGGUUUCUGAAUUUAUCCUGCUUGGCUUCUCUGGUGAUCCCACGUUCAACAGGAUCCUCUUCAUUUCCUUCCUUCUCCUUUACCUGAGCUCAGUCCUGGGCAAUGGACUCAUCGUCGCCCUGAUCUGCCUGGAUACGCUUCACACACCCAUGUACUUCUUCCUCUGCAUCCUCUCCCCUGCUAGAUAUGGGCUGUGUCACCACUACAUGCCCCAGAUGUUGGUGCAUCUCCUCGCUCGCUCUCAGACCAUCUCCUUUGCCAGCUGUUGGCUGCAGAUGUAUGUGUUUGGUGCCUUGGGCCUAACUGAGUGUAUUUUCUUCGUAGUCAUGGCUUAUGACCGAUAUGUGGCCAUCUGCCACCCACUGCAUUAUACUGUCAUCCUCAGCUGGGGCCUGUGCAUACGACUGGCAGCUGACUGGGCCUGUGGUUUCUUCUUCUCUCUGAUCCAUACUUUCCUCACCAUGAGGCUGCCAUACUGUGGGCCCAACGUGGUCAACCACUACUUCUGUGAAGGCCCCUCAGUACGAAGCCUGGCUUGCAUGGAUACUCACCUUAUUGAGAUGGUAGACCUGGUCAUCAGUGUCUUCAUGGUUGUUGCCCCACUCUCCCUCAUUCUGGCCUCCUACAUCCGUAUUGGCCAGACCAUUAUCAAGAUCAAGUCUACACAGGGCCGCUGCAAGGCUUUCUCCACCUGUGCUUCCCAUGUGACCGUGGUCACACUCUUCUAUGCCCCAGCCACAUACAUCUAUAUGAGGCCCAACUCCAGCUAUUCCCUUGAGCAAGACAAGCAGAUCUCACUCUUUUAUAAUGUCUUCCCUGCCUUUCUCAACCCUGUGGUCUACAGUCUGAGGAACAAAGACAUCAAGGGGGCUUUUCUCAAGUGA